UCUUACAUAUAUCAUUAUUACUACCCAUUUCACUUAACCUUUGACAACAUAGUCCUUACAGUUUGGGAUGUGAUACUAAUUCUCACUCACACUUCCCAAUAUUCCAAAUGUCAAAGCCAACAGCCGGUUUCCUCAAAAUUCAUUUCAAUGCCCUCGUCCUUAUUCUCCUUUUCAGCCAUGCAAGUUCCCAGCCGCAUGCUGCUCAAGAACAAGCUAUCUUAAUCAACCUAAAGCAAUAUUGGCAAAACCCAUCCUCCAUCAGCCACUGGACCCUCUCAGCAAACUCCACUAACCAUUGCAGCUGGCCUGAAAUCACUUGCAUUAACAAUUCAGUCACCGCGUUAGGCCUUCCCAACAAGAACAUCAACGGUACAAUCCCAUCUUUCAUUUGUGGCCUUCAGAACCUUGCAUCCCUUGAUCUCAAUUAUAACUACAUCAUAGGUGAAUUUCCAAAAACUCUCUACAACUGUUCCAAACUUGAGUAUUUGGACCUCUCUCAAAACUAUUUCGUUGGCCCCAUCCCUCAUGACAUCAACACACUAGGCCGGCUCCAGUACUUGAAUCUUAUGGUUAAUAAUUUUUCAGGCGAAGUUCCUGCCGCCAUUGGAUCGUUGCAAGAGCUAAGUACCCUUCUGCUUGUUAAGAACCAGUUCAGCGGUCCUCUCCUGCUAGAAAUUAGCAACUUAUCCAAGCUUGAAAUUUUGGGAUUAGCAGAUAAUUCAGAAUUCAUGCCGUCUAAGUUUCCUUCAAGUUUCACUAACUUGACGAAGCUGAAGACUUUAUGGAUGUCUGGAACAAAUUUAACUGGUGAAAUCCCUGAGAUAAUUGGAGAUAUGAAAGCUCUCGAGGCGUUGGAUUUAUCUAAAAAUGCACUAACGGGAGAAAUCCCAAAAGCAUUGUUCUUGUUGAAGAAUUUGAAGGUGGUAUACCUUUCCAACAAUAAGCUAUUCGGAGAGAUUCCUCAAGUGAUUCAAGCUUCCAAUCUGACAGGAAUUGAUCUUUCUCAAAACAGCCUGACUGGAAGAAUCCCGAGUGAUGUCGGGAAGCUAGAAAAGUUAUCCAGUUUAGUUCUGUUUGACAAUCAACUGUCAGGCGAAAUUCCUGAAGGCCUCGGCCAAAUCUCCACGUUAACAGACGUUAGAUUGUUUAGCAAUAGAUUGUCAGGCACUCUACCUCAAGAUCUCGGCCGAUACUCGAUGCUUGAGAGAUUUGAGGUUUGUUCUAACAGGUUGACAGGGAUGUUGCCUAAGCAUUUAUGCGAUGGAGGUAAGUUGCUGGGAGUUGUAGCCUUUGACAACAAUCUUACGGGAGAAUUGCCAACAUCACUCGGUAACUGUGAUAGCUUAGUAAUGGUUGAUGUCCGCCAGAAUGGUCUUACUGGGAGCAUUCCCAGUGGACUAUGGACAUCGUUGAACUUAUCAAAGUUAAUGAUAAGUGACAACAUGUUCACUGGUGAGCUUCCCCGAAAAGUGUCGGAUAAUCUCUCCAGACUCGAGAUGAGUAACAACCGGUUUUUUGGAGAAAUACCUGUUGACGUGAAGCUGUGGAGGAACCUUUCCGUAUUUAAUGCCAGUAACAACUUCUUCAGUGGUACAAUUCCUGGAGAAUUAACUGCCCUUUCAUCUGUACAAGUUCUUUUGCUUGACCGAAACCAACUCCAUGGUUCCCUUCCAUCUGAUAUAAUCUCAUGGAACUCACUCGCUACUCUAAACCUUAGCCAAAACCAACUUUCGGGACAAAUUCCAGAGGCCAUUGGUUUUCUACCGAGCCUAAACUUAUUGGAUCUGUCUAAAAACCAAAUUUCAGGCCAAAUUCCUCCUCAACUUGGUCAACUAAAGUCUAGUUUCAUUAACCUUUCUUCCAAUCAUCUCGUGGGGAACAUCCCAAAAGAGUUCGAAAAUGGUGCGUACUCCAACAGCUUCCUAAACAAUCCUGGUCUCUGUGCAGGUACUACAAAUGUAAACCUCCGCAUUUGUGGUUCACAAAAAAACCCGAACUUGAGUUAUCCUCGAAUUCUUAUUUGGAUUUCGAGCACAGCAGUUCUUGUACUGUGUUUGUCAGUUUCAUUCUUCCUCUCUGAAGUCUGUUGGCAGAGAAAUCGCGUCUUGGAUCCGGAAUGGGAGCUCACCGCAUUCCAAAUGUUGACUUUCACGAUAAAAAGCAUUUUGUCAGGAUUGGAAGGUCAAAAAAACAAGAUUGGAGAUGGGGGAUCAGGAGAAGUAUACCGUGUUGAUAUAACUGGCAAUGGUGAUUUCGUUGCCGUUAAGAAGAUUCGGAAUAAGAUAAAGCUUGAGAGGGAAUUGGAGAAGGAAUUUCAAGCUGAAGUUAUGACAUUGAGCAGAAUUAAGCAUUUGAACAUAGUGAAACUGAUGGGUUGCAUGUCAAGUAAGGACUCGAAACUUCUUGUUUACGAGUACAUGGAGAACGGGAGCCUUGACCUAUGGUUGAAUAAGCACCGAACAUCGGGUAUCAUCUUGGACUGGCCUAAGCGAUUCCGAAUCGCGAUCGGGGCUGCCCAAGGACUCUGCUAUAUGCACCACGAUUGCUCCCCACCCAUUAUUCAUCGAGAUGUGAAGUCAAGCAACAUCCUGUUAGAUUCUGAAUUCAAUGCCAAAGUUGCUGAUUUUGGUCUAGCUAAGAUGUUGAUCAAAGGAAAACCAACAACAAUGUCUGCGGUGGCUGGUUCGAUUGGCUACAUUGCUCCUGAAUAUGCUCAUACACGGAGAAUCAACGAGAAGGUCGAUGUUUUUAGCUUCGGAGUCAUCCUUUUGGAGCUAACAACAGGACGAAAACCGGAUCAGGGGGAUGAAAACAGAUCACUUGCAGAAUGGGCUCAACGUUACUAUGAACAAGGCAACUCGAUAUUUGAUGCAUUAGCUGAAGGUAUCAAAAAACCUUGUCACUUGAACCAAAUGUGCAAUGUCUUCAAACUCGGUCUCUGUUGUACAAGAACAUUGCCUCCGUUAAGACCUUCCAUGAGAGAUGUUCUGCAAAUUUUAGUCCAAAGCGCUCAUCCUCUUGAUUAUCAAAGUAAGAGCGCUGAAAAGGAGUUUGAUAAGGCUGUUUCGCUUCAAAAGUUGAAAGAUGGACCGACCUUCGGUCCCAAUAAUGUUUACUCAGUAUGACUUUAUGGGUUGGCAUUAUUAUUAAGACUUUGAAUAUGAGUAAUAGCAAUAGGAAUUGUAUAAAACUUGUCUGAUUUGUAUUAAUAGUUAUAAGGACUUCAACUAUUUUAAAUUAACUUGGUCUUAGUAUGUGUAUAAUCGAGUUGAAUAAAAUAUUUCAUCUAAAUUUGCUAA